AUGAUUUCCACGCGAAAGACUUUAGGCAGUACAACAUUAAUAUUGUAUGGUUCACAAACGGGAACAGCUGAGGAAUUAGCUGGUCGUUUAUCGAAAGAUAUUAUGCGAUAUGGCAAAAAAGCGAUAUUACUCGAUCCUGAAGAGAUGAAUGUUGAGGAAUUUAGUCAUAUAGCAGAAAUUCCAAAUGCAUUCAUUAUAUUAUGCAUGGCGACAUAUGGUGAAGGUAAUCCAACUGAUAACGCUCAAGAAUUGCAUGAAUAUAUUUCGAAUAAUGAAAUGGAUUUAAGCGGUGUUCGAUAUGCGAUUUUUGGAUUAGGCAAUAAAACAUAUGAACAUUAUAAUGAAAUGGGAAAAUUUUUCGAUCGAAAAUUGGAAGAGUUUGGUGCAACAAGAAUUUACGAAUUGGGACUUGGUGAUGAUGAUGGCAAUUUGGAAGAAGAUUUUAUGAGAUGGCGAGAAGGAUUCUGGCCGGCCGUAAUUCAAUCAUUUGGCUGGGAACUUUCAAAUGAAAUUGGAUCUGAGAGGCAGUAUCGUUGUGAAUUUGUUACUGAACCUUCGACUGUACUUUUCACUGGUGAAUAUGGAUUUAUCGGCGCAUUUACAAAACAACGACCGCCAUUUGAUUCUAAAAAUCCAUUUUUGGCAACAAUCGCUGUGAAUCGAGAAUUGCAUAAAGAAAAGAGCGAACGAAGUUGUCGCCACAUAGAAUUCGAUACAAGUGCUGCUAGAAUUCGGUAUGAAGCUGGUGAUCAUCUCGGUGUUUUUCCAGAAAAUAAUAAAUUACUCGUCGAAGAAUUGUGCAAUUUGCUGAAUGCGAAUAUGAAUGAAGCUUUACUUCUUAUUAAUCUUGAUGAAGAAAGUUCAAAACGUAAUCCAUUUCCUUGUCCUUGUACAAUUCGAACAGCCUUUACUCAUUAUGUGGACAUAUGUGCUCCUGUGAAAUCGCAUGUUCUUAAAGCAAUUUCUGAAUAUACGACGGAUGAAGAGCAAAAGCAAAAACUCGUUUUGAUGAGUACUCCGAAUGAAGAAGGACUGAAAGCAUAUAGUAAUUUUAUACAAAAGGAACGACGCUCAAUUAUUGAUGUUUUACGAUAUUUUAAUAAGUGCAAACCGCCAGUUGAUCAUCUACUCGAAUUACUUCCUCGAUUACAAUAUAUGAUAGGUGAUCGUCUUAUCAAAGGAGUUUGCACAAACUAUCUUUUAACCAAAAUGGAAAGUGAGAAAAUUCCGAUUUUCGUGCGAAAAUCCACAGUGCGUUUGCCUCACAAAUUAAGUACACCAGUAAUUAUGAUUGGACCAGGCACUGGCCUAGCACCUUUUCGUGGAUUUUUACAAGAACGCAGUUGGCAGAAGCAACAAGGGAAAGAAAUUGGACCAAUAUCGCUUUAUUUCGGUUGCCGAUAUCCCGAUCAUGAUUUUAUUUAUGAAGAAGAAUUAAAGCAAUUCGUCACCAGUGGCAUUCUAUCUGAACUUCACUUGGCAUUCUCACGAAUUGGUGAAAAGAAAGUAUAUGUUCAACAUAAACUUUGGGAAAAUCGCGAGGCAGUAUGGCAUUCAGUCGAAAAUAGUGCUCAUAUAUAUGUUUGUGGUGACGCUCGAAAUAUGGCUCGUGAUGUGCAAGCAACAUUUAUUAAGAUAUUUAUGCAAGUUGGUCAAAAAUCUGAAAGCGAAGCGCAUAAAUUAUUCAAGGAACUUGAAAGGCAACGCCGUUACCAGGCUGAUAAUUUAUGA